AUGGAGACAUCCGGCUCGGUCCCUUUGCGGCGACUCCCGAGCUACACUCAGCACGAGACACCUGAACACACUGGACACGAUUCCUCUUCCGAGUCUUCUCCGCUGCAUGACGAUGAACUUCCAUCAUAUAGCCAGGCUCGGUCAACGGGACAAAUAUCAGGAGGGCACAGUACAUUGCUUCAUCGAUCGGCCUGGGUAUUUUUUUUCACAAUUUUCUAUGUGGCGCUCGCCAUCUAUGCCUGGACCAUGACAGUUCUACUGUCAUCCGGCCCCGUCAAAGCCAAGUCCUGGGGAUACUCGAUCAAAGAAUCAUACUUGAGUUACGGCGAUAGGAACCAAGCAGAUUUCCGCCAAGACAGACAGAUCUAUCGAUCUGCGCGGAUUAUCCAGACAUUCAUCCAAGUCGUUACUCUUCCCUGGAUUUCCACAGUGUGUGCUAGUGCCGCUGUAAUCUUUGCGCAGAAUCGAAAAGAUUCCAUGAGCCUUCGGCUACGCCAAGUCACAACGCUGGCUGACCGCAGGUGGAUGGACUUUUCGCUAUAUCGAGCACUCAUUUGUGGGAGGUGGAGGCAAUACGGUAGUAUACUACUGGCCGCCGCAAUCUUCAUCUGGGUGUUUGGCCUCAUCACAUAUCCCAUUCAGGCGCUCUUUCUCGAUUCAUCCCCUGUCAAAGUCCGGACUUAUCCCCAGCAGAGAGCCGCUGUCUAUGACUUCAUAUCGAAUGAUGAUCUGUAUUUACAGUCGGAACCAGACGGCAAGGACGUGUUGAAUGUCCGCGAUGCCCUCAACAAAGCGAAUGGUGAUGCCUACCAACCUAACUUGUGGAGUAACAACAGUGGAGUACAAUUUUUGACUCUCAACGAUAUGUCCCCUAAGACGUUCUAUUCCCAGGUUCCGAGUGGUUUCAAUACAGGACUGCUUCGUCAAUUUGCCCCACGUGUGAACUCUACGGCUACAUAUCAGAUCAUACAAGAGUCUGAGAUCCCGGUCGCCUGCGAUACCGGCUAUUCACUCCCAGUUAAAUUUUAUGCUGGGUAUUCAUCUUCGUACUCGUGGUACUCUACUUAUUCUUGGAGUGUCAUUGCGUGCAUGCCAGGAGAUAUGACAAGCUCACCUUGGCGGGCGGGACGUACCCGGCAGGACUUUUCUGAGGUCCUCUAUCUCAAUAUGACACAAGAAGAGUACACCUCGGGGGGUUAUUCUAGUCAAGAUGCGGGCAACAAAGUUCUUUAUCGAAUCACCGUGGACACUACGGCCGGCUUCUUUGAAUUGCCCAACUAUAUGAACAAGGGUGUCCCUGGCCCCUUACUGGAUCAAGAUCCCCUGGAUCUAUGUGGCCAGGAUUGUAUUAAACAAGAUACACUUCACACAUUCCCAGGAGGGUCUAGUUUGCGCCGCCGCGAUGAAAACACAGCAAGCAGCGCUCUCAAAGAUGCAUCGCUGAGUUCCAUCUCAACAGAGAAGAAAGGACCGUUGUUAGCGGCCACCCUGGCAACCUUCGGCCCUGGGUCUUUUGUCGACACAUUUGUAGCAGUUUCCGCAGCUCUUGAAGCAGACGACAAGAUCACGGACGAGGUGUCGUCAAACUUGAGAUUUACCUGUAUCGCGAACGCCCCACUCGCCAAUCUGUUCAACUCUUCCUCUUUCGGGUCUUCCUAUUCGGGGUGUAUUACUCCUAGGAUCGCUGGAAAUGGCACCUGGUACUCUGCUGAGUCACAGAUUGCGAAAUGGAUCCAUCUGUUUCAAGAAGGCACGGAUUCGAUUUCGAGUGCCUUCACAGCUGCGGCUUAUCUAGCCAAUCAGGAAUUCAUUUCCAGUCAGAGCGGUAUAUGGUAUAUCAACCAAGAUUUGGGCACUGAUAUGGAUCUUCCAUCAAUCUCUCCCGCGGGAAUCAUCGUCGUCUCCAUCUUGAUGGGACUUUACUUGCUACCACUGUUAGCUUUGUCACUAUACGCUGGCUAUUACCCACGAUGGACUGAAAGAUUGGAUUCCUUUGUGAUGCUACGAUUUGGCGCCUUUGCUGGCGAUAAGGUCUUCCCUAUGCUAGUUGGACGCCAUACUGAGAAAUGCCCAGAGCUAGACGAGAUGUCUGGCGUUGUUCGGGAUGUCUCAACAACAUCAGCCGACGGGGCUGUUCAAAUUGGGAGGCUAGGUUUCGGCGAAGGCAAGAUGUUGCAAGAAGGCCGUCGUUAUGAGUGCUUCAAAGGAGACAAUGAGCCAUUUAAUUCAUGGUUUGUUGAGCACCGAGGCUGA